GAUUAGCAGUUAGCUUCUCUGCGCGUCUAGGGUUUAUUACAGCUCUCCGAUCACAACCGGAGCCCCUCUCCUCUCUCCGAUUCUCUAUCGUCUUCUCUCUCCGAUCAACCGCCGAGGAGUUCAAUCCAAGGUUGAAAGCGACGAUGACUCGUGUUUACGUUGGGAAUUUGGAUCCUCGAGUGAGUGAUCGGGAUCUUGAAGACGAGUUUCGGGUGUUCGGCGUUCUUCGCAGUGUGUGGGUUGCUCGGAGGCCACCGGGUUAUGCCUUUAUUGAAUUUGAUGAUCACAGGGAUGCUCUCGACGCAAUUCAGAGAUUGGAUGGAAAGAAUGGUUGGCGCGUGGAACUUUCGCAUAAUUCUAAGGGCGGCGGCGGCGGCGGUGGUGGAGGAGGACGUGGCGGGCGUGGUGGAGGUGAUGACUUGAAGUGUUAUGAAUGUGGUGAACCUGGUCACUUUGCUCGAGAGUGUCGUACGCGUGUUGGUUCACGGGGGUUGGGUAGUGGAAGGCGCAGAAGUCCUUCCCCUCGACGUGGCCGCAGAAGUCCCAGCUAUGAUGGUUAUGGGCGCAGGGCUUAUAGUCCACGCAGGAGAAGAUCUCCUCCUCCUCUACGACGUCGCACCCCAUCACCUCCUCCUCGACGUGGAAGACGCACCUACAGCAGGUCUCCUCCAUACCGUCCUGUUUCACCUUAUGCCAAUGGGGUCUGAGCUGCAACUGAUACGAGCAAAUGCUGGAUGGGUGUUGAAAGACUGAUAUCUCUCUGCUAUAAAGUAGUUCUGAUAGGCUUGGUUGAACUGACAAGAACCAUGUUAGUUAUGUUGAUCAUGUUGUUACAAUGCAUUCUGUUCGAAGUGUUUUGCCUCAAAAGAGGGGUGCCUUGGUCACCGUCUUGCGUCGGCGCUGUCGCUUCAGCUUACUGAAACUCGGAGGUCGAAUUUCUACUUUUAUGUUUCCCUAUUAUAUCUGGUUAUAACUUUAUAUGUCUUUAUAUGUCUUUAUAUGAACUCACUAUGUGGUUAGAUUUCAGUGUUUUCUCCUAGAUUUUCCUAAAUUGUUUACUUUCUUUUGUUUUGAGGUAUGAUUUCCGGCUAAAAGAGCUUUGUUUCGCUGCUUACUGCAUCUUAGUGCACACCGUUCCAUCUCUAUCUUCACCACAGUCUUCUACUUGUAGUUGCUCCUGCAUAUUGUUCAGUGAAAUUGAAACGUCAUGCAACUUUGGUACUCUGGUUGCAUAUGGCUCUAUUUUAUUGCUAUGUUCUGCAACAAGCUUCCUGAAUAAACUUUCUUGUUAGUUGGUCCAAGAAGGUGAAGCUGUUUUAUGCCUCUCAUCUCUGCAGAUCAUCUACUUCCGUUGUCUGCAUGUUUUUACUUGAGAAACUUGACCGUGUCAUAUUGUGUUAGUGUAUCAUCAUUGACAGUGUCAGAAACACCUUCACAUAUAGUUUCAUCUGGUCUUCAACAAUGCUCUCUCUGCUGUAUGUUGCACUACUGGUUCUCUUCUCAGGUUAUCAAUGGUUGAAAGUGAGCAUCCAUUUAGUAACUUGAAUGGUUAAUUAGUAUUCGCCAGUUUACUCAAUGAGUUGAGAUGUAUGAGGAUCCUUCUCGGCUCAUCGAUAAACGCCUUGCUGCUCUUUGUUACUCUGUUUGUACUCUUCUCCCUAGUCGGGUCAUAAAUGGUUGAAACUGGGUUUCCAUGGUAGUAACUUAGCGGGUACUUAGUAUUGGUCAAUCUACUCAUCCAGUUGCUGUAUUGGAUUUUCUUCUUGAUCGUGGAGUAUUUCUUACAACCGCCAUCUUAUGUCUGCCAAUGUACUCAUUGAGUUGAAAUGAAUUGGGGUUCUUUUUCUCUCGUGGAGCCUCUCACUCCCAUGACCAUUGUUGUUGCCUCCGACUACAUUGCAUCCAGUUCUACUUGCAAUAUAUGACUGUAUGUCUAUUAUAGGAUUUCAAUCAUGGGAUAUAGAGAUUGGAUAUAGAGCUAGUUUGGGUUGAAAUGAUGAUGCCUUGAUCUAUUAGUGGCUCACAUUACAUUCCCAUCUUGAUGCAUGUGUACAAACUAAUUGCUUUAAUAUUCGCUUGGGUUGAAUUGUACUUGCUUGGAGAUUUGACUGAUUUGUAGUGUGGAUCCGUCACCUUUUGGUGUUUAUCUCGAUCUUCUUCACCUUU